UGAGGUGGGCGUGGCCCACGCCCCAGGCCCCGCCCAGUUACUUAAUUCCGUUCCUUAUUUUACACAUAUUUGCAAAAUCCAAAAAGACUAAGCCAAAACUAUUUCAGACCACGUUUUCUAUUUCAUGCACACUUCUCUUCUCACCCACUAACCAUUUAAAACCCACGCUAACCACCCUCAGUUUCUUUAUUUGUAAGAGGAUCAGUUAAAUCCAGCCCUCAUGAGCCAGGCUCUGGUCAUUGACAGCCAGGAGGAACUAUGUAAGCUGCGUCUUCAAAGAUGGAGGACUAGACAGAAAAACAAGAAUGAAAGGCAUUCCAGAAAGAAGGAACGACCUUGGCAAAGGUCUGGAGGCUUGCAAGAGCCUUGGAGUGGUGGAGACCUUAACAGGUUAAUAUGGCUGGAGCAGAAGCUAAGAGUGCAGAUUUCAUUGUACCCGGGUGCCUACAGGUCAGAGAAUUGCAACUUCUUUCCUUACGGCCUUUGGGGACACAGAAACAAGAAGAUGCAGCCUCCUAGUGUCUGACAGUGGAAUGAGGAAGAUUUGGGUGACUCCAGAUUCUGCACAGUUUAAACCAAGCACAGAAACAAGGAAAGGAUGUUCCAGGCAACACGAAGGGGAUCAUCGUGGCUAAAGCAAGGAGUAUACAUGGGUGCAGGCAGCAGGCAUAAUUUUUAAGGCCCUUGAAUGCUGGGUGGAAGAGCUUGAAAUGUUUCCCAAGGGCAAUGGGGAGUCAUGGAGGGUCCGUGAGCAGAGGAGGUGAACAAUGAGGUCUCUCUCUCAGGGGCCUGGGUGGAGAAAAGAGUAAAGGGGUGCCUGUAGGUCCAGGGAGAGAGCUGGUCUGGCAUCCAGGUGGGAGGGGAGAGGCUUAGGCUGUUAUGGAUGGAGCUGAGGAAGCCCUUUGGAGAUGGAUGGAGGAAAAAUGAGCAGGAUGUAGGGACGAUCUGGGUUAUGAGGAAUCCCACAUUUACACAGGAGAAAUAGCAGCUGGUAGAAAAAGCAGAGAUGGGAGGGUCAGAGAGGUAGGGAAUAAGAAGGGCCUGUUAUAAUUCUCUUCCUGGAUGGAUUUUUUAAAAUUCCUUGUUGAAAUUCCCAUGACACUGUAGAAAAAUGUUAUAAUUACCCCUCCCCCCAUUUUACAGAUAAGGAAACUGAGGCUCAGAGAUGGAAGAGACAUGAGAUCAGAGGCUGAGGUGCGGAAGGACUGACAUCUCAGGAGCUGGACACGUGUCCUCCUCUGGGACUGGAGGAAGCUGAUGUCCUUGAGGAGGAAAUAGCACAAUAACAAGUCACAUGACCGGGGGGGGUGCUUCCUGUUUCCUGACCCCUCCCAAGCCAGCCUUGGCCAGCCCAGGGCUAAGCAGGCAGUGGCCAGAGCUACCCCAAGAGUGUCCAGGGAUUUGGGCCGCUGACCAAGGUACUCCUAGAGGCACAGAAGUAGAGAAGACUGGGGGUACCCAACCCCAAGACUGGGGCCUCUGACUGAAGACCCUGGGGAAGAGAAGUGGCUCCUGAAGUCCUCAAGCCAGGCCCAGAUUGGGGACAGAGGGAAGCACAGAGGUAGUGAAAGAUAAAGGAGGCAGAGGAGAAGGGGAGAUCAGAACAAUUCUUAGAGAUAGUGAGCUGCCUGUCAAGAGGGGCAUUGAAAUGUACCAAAUCCACACUGAUAGUUCAAGAUCCCUUCCAGAGGGAGGGGAUCAAUGCCCAUUUCACAGAAGAAGAUAUUAAGGCCGUCAACAGGGACAACGAAGACAAGAGAGACAAGAGCUGAGAUCAGGCUGUGGUUUUAGGAGGAAGAUUCAGAAGACUGAUUUCUGCACAGCAAUGAGUGCUCGGGCCACACGCCCCCGAAGCCGGCGAGGGAGGCACGCUCCGCCUGGGGAGCUCGAUCCUGUGGCAGAGAGUUCCGAGGAGGUUGAGGCAGCCAGCGGGAGUUCUGAGCUGGGCCCUGGGCCAUCUCAGGAGAGCCCGGGGCCAGAGGCAGAGGCCAGUGGGCAGGGCCUGGGGAAGAGGACCAAUAAAGAGGCUGAAGGGGACUCUAGCAGAGGACCCGCCCCAUCUCCCGAGGAACCCUGCAAGCCUGCCGAGGAAGGCCAGCAGGCCGAAGAUGUAGCCCCACUGGACGGGAAGACUGUCCCCCCCAGGCCUGAAGCCUCUGACGUGUUUCAGACUCUCCAGCAUGCUCUGAGCUCACUGGAGGCAGCGGCUGCUGCCUGGCGCCACCGGCCCCCAAGCUGUCCGGGGCCUGUGGAGGCAGGAGACAGAAGCGGGGUGGGACCCAGGCCCUGCUUGGAGCAGGAGGGGGCAGGGGGUUGCCAGAGGGAGGCUGCCCGCCUAGCCGAAAGGAAUGACUGGCUGCGAUUGGCCUUGGGCAGCCGAGAGGAGGAGCUGAUUCGCGUGCGGACCUCCCUGCAGGCCAUCCAGGCUGAGAAGGAGAUGCUGCAGAGAGAGGUCCAGGAGCUGCAGGAUUCCCUGCUGAGGCUGGAACCUUUCCCGCCUCCCUCCCAGGGCCAAGCAGGGGCCUCAGGCAGUGGCUCCAGCAGUUCCGGGGUAGAUGAGGAGCCCUGGGGGACUCAGGACCCCUUCCCCUUGGCUCACCCCCUGCUCCGGCGUGUCCGGAGCGAUUCCAGUACUCAGAUGCUUGGACCUCUCCCCACUCGACCUCUUACCCCCGAGAUCCACAUCAUGGAUGUGCGGAUGGAGCAGCUCCGGGGGAACAUUGAGAAGCUCAAAUGUUUCAACCGUCUGCUGUCAGCUGUGCUGCAGGGCUACAAGGGCCGGUGUGAAGGCCUGAGCAUGCAGCUGGGCCAGAGGGAGGCAGAAGCCACAGCCCUGCGUAUGGCCUUGCAGUACAGCGAGCACUGCGAGGAGGUGUACGGAGUCCUACUUACUCUCCGGGAGGCUGACUCGGGAGCAAGAGAGGGAAUUCCUAAGGGGGACCUGGAGGUGGCAGAGAAGGAAGCCCAGAGGCUGCUGGCACAAGAGGACACUGCCAUGGAUGGAGAGACACCACAGGAUCCACAGCCAAGCCCCGAAGGCAGUAGUGUGGAUCGGCCCACACCGCAGGAGGUGGCUACCCAGCUCUGGGGCUAUGUCCAGCGUCUCCAGGCACGCCGUGCUCUGGUGAAGAUUCCCCCAGAGCCUGGCCCGACUUUGGCACCCAUGCCCACUGUGCCCCACGCAGAAGCCAUGGUGCAGGCCAUUCUGGGGACCCAGCCUGGCCCAGCCCUACCCCGCUUGGAGAAGAUGCAGAUCCAGCAGGACUUGGCAGCUACACGGGAGAGUCUGGCAGACCUGAUGCUGCGGCUUCAGUUGGUGCGGCGGGAGAAGCGGGGUCUGGAGCUGCGGGAGGCUGCCCUCCGAGCCCAGGGCCCAGCCCACGUGCUCCUGCUGGAGCAGCUGCGCUGGGAGCAGGCCCAGCUCGGGGCUGGUGGGGCCAGCAGUAGUGGCGGCGACAGCAGUGGAGGCGGGAGCAGUGGGGACGAAGAGGAGGUGUCCCAGGGCCCUCCUGCUAUCCUUGGUGGCAGCAGGGGCAUUGAUGGAAGUCAGGUGGGCAAAGCCCAGGGCCCGGAGACUCUGGCCCAGGAACUGGCAGCGUCACUUAACCGGUGUGUGUCCGGGUCCUGGGCUGGGCGGGGCCCUGGGCCUGCGGGAGCACCUGCACUCUCUGCGGGAGGAACUGGAACAGGUGGCUCAGAAGGGGCGAGCCAGACGUGCUCAGAGUGCUGAGCUGAACAGUGAUUUAUGCAAGGCUCACAGUGCCCUUGUCCUGGCCUUCCGAGGUGCCCACCGGAAGCAGGAAGAGCAGCGGAGGAAGCUGGAGCAGCAGAUGGCCCUCAUGGAGGCUCGACAGGCAGAGGAGCUGGAGGUGUUAGAAGCCACAGCAAGAGCACUGAG